AUGACCUCACCGCCUAACAAAGCGUCUUUCACCUGUUUGGAUGAACAUGUAGCCGACAACGGCGUCUCCCACGCCGCUUCUUUUGCGUCCGACACUUCUGCUAGUAGCGUCGACGUUGUGGGAAAGCCACAGUACUCGGAUCCUUCGCACAAUGAAGCGAUAAAACAGACGGCCAAGACAUACGUUAGGCCGAGCCUGGCACCGAGAAUUUCAACAAUUGCUCGUCGCCAUUCGUUCAUCGAUGAAGAAGAAGAUCCGGUGGCAGCGACGGUUGCUGUCAACGCUGCCUCGUCUACAUCCACCAAAGUUGAAGCAGUGACAUGGUCAUCUCUCCCUAAGAAGGGUCAAUUGGCCGUGCUGACCAUUGCCCGGUUAUCAGAGCCGUUGACAGAGCGUUCUCUUGCGGCAUAUAUGUUCUAUCAGUUGCGCUCCUUUGACCCAAGUCUACCGGAUAGCACCAUCACACGCCAGGGAGGGUUGUUGACAGCAUCUUUCGCCGCCGCUCAAUUUGUGACUGCCGUCUGGUGGGGGCGUGCGGCCGACACACCAUGGAUCGGGCGAAAGAGGGUUCUUCUCGUUGGAUUGUUCGGUACCUGCGUUUCCUGUAUUGGCGUUGGCUUUUCCAAAUCAUUCGCCCAAGCUCUGUUCUUCAGGGCUUGUGCUGGAUGUCUGAAUGGCAACGUUGGUGUCAUGAGAACCAUGAUCAGCGAGAUCAUCAAAGAGAAAAAAUAUCAAUCGCGCGCAUUCCUCCUUCUGCCCAUGUGCUUCAAUAUUGGUGUGGUCAUCGGUCCUAUUCUUGGAGGGUUUCUGGCCGACCCAAUAGCUUCGUUCCCAAAUGUCUUUGGCCCUGGCUCUGCCAUUGGCGGUGACAGCGGCGUUGAUUGGAUGACUACCUUUCCAUACGCGCUACCUAACGUCGUCAGCGCAUUUUUCAUCCUGACAUCCGCUAUAUGUCUGUUCCUUGGCCUCGAUGAGACGCACCCGGCUCUGAAGAACAGGCCAGACUACGGCCGUCGGCUGGGGAAGUUUCUAUUUCGUCUUCUCUGCAGGUGGCGCGGCAAAGGGGUCGAAGAGUACGAAUACACAGAGCUCUCGGACCACCAGAUCGAGUUACAAGAUGCAGCAGCAGCAGCAGACUUGGAGGAAGAAGCACAUGAGCCACGGACCAGCGACACAGAAUCGCUCCGAUCAAAUCAACAGCCCCACAAUCCAGCAAAGCCGUUGCUGAGACGCAUCUAUUCCAAGAACGUCAUUUUGACGCUCCUCUCUCACCACCUUCUCGCAUUGCACCUCUCGGCCUUUAACGCCCUGGUCUUCCUCUUCCUCCCCGCUCCCCGCUCAGACAACAACGAGGCUCGACUUCCGUUCUCCUUCGCGGGCGGACUAGGUCUCAGCUCCGAACGGGUCGGCCUUGCAACGGCCAUCAUUGGAGUCAUUGGCUUCCCCCUGCAGAUCGCGCUGUACCCGAAGCUCAACUCCAAGCUGGGCACACUGCCCAGCUACAAGUUGUUCCUCCCCUUCUCGAUCGCCUCGUACUUUCUGAUGCCAUACCUUGCCCUACUGCCGGACAAGGCGUACCUGGUCUGGCCUGCCCUGACGGUCGCGCUGGCACUGCAGGUCAUUUCUCGGACGUUUGCGUUGCCCGGCCAGACGAUCCUCGUCAACAACUGCACGCCUCAUCCGAGCGUCCUGGGCACGAUUCACGGCCUCGCCCAGAGCAUCUCGUCGGGGGCCCGUACCGUGGGUCCCACGCUCAGUGGUUGGCUUUUGGGCGUGGGUCUCGGCAACAACUGCGUCGGCGCGGUGUGGUGGGGGAUUGCGGCCGUCGCGGCUCUGAAUUGGUGUUUGCUAUGGCUCAUCUAUGAGGGUGAUGCAGGAGCCGCAGCCGCAGGGGGAUAA